AUGCAUUCCACCAAUCUGCUCCUCGAGGAGCCCAUCCGGAUGGUCUCCAUCCUCGAGCCAUCCAAGCCGAACUUCUUCCCGGCGAUGACGAAGAUUGUGGGGACGCUGGGUCCGAAGUCCCGGUCCGUUGAGGCCAUCUCCGCCUGUCUAAAGGCCGGCAUGUCUGUGGCCCGUUUCGAUUUCUCGUGGGGGGAUGCCGCGUACCACCAGGAGACACUCGAGAACCUCAAGCUCGCCAUCAAGGCCACCAAGAAGCUAUGUGCUGUUAUGCUCGACACUGUUGGCCCUGAGUUGCAAGUGGUGAACAAGAGUGAAGUCACAAUCUCGCUUGAAGAGAACGAGUCUGUUGUUCUCACCCCUCACCAGGGCCAGGAGGCCUCUUCCAAGUUGCUCCCUAUCAACUUCGCUGGACUCGCCAAGGCUGUGAAGCCCGGAGCCACAAUAUUCGUUGGGCAAUAUUUGUUCACGGGCAGUGAGACUACAUCAGUUUGGCUGGAGGUUUCUGAAGUUCAAGGGGAUGACGUGGUUUGCGUGAUCAAGAACUCAGCUACCCUGGCUGGGUCACUCUUCACAUUGCACUGCUCCCAGAUCCAUAUCGACAUGCCCACGCUGUCUGAUGAGGAUAAAGAUGUUAUGAAAAAAUGGGGUGCUCCAAACAAGAUUGACUUCCUCUCUCUUUCUUAUACAAGGCAUGCAGAAGAUGUGCGGCAAGCACGGGAGUUCCUCUCUAAGUUAGGUGAUCUUAGCCAAACUCUGAUUUUUGCCAAAAUUGAGAAUGUGGAGGGCUUGAACCAUUUUGAUGAGAUCCUGGAGGAAGCGGAUGGUAUCAUUCUGUCAAGAGGGAACCUUGGAAUUGAUCUUCCACCUGAAAAGGUGUUCUUAUUUCAGAAGUCUGCUCUGCACAAGUGCAACAUGGCUGGAAAGCCUGCUGUUGUUACUCGUGUUGUGGACAGUAUGACGGACAACCUAAGGCCUACUCGUGCGGAGGCAACUGAUGUGGCAAAUGCGGUGCUGGACGGUAGUGAUGCCAUUCUCCUUGGUGCUGAGACUCUCCGUGGGUUGUAUCCAGUCGAGACUAUUUCAACAGUGGGCAGAAUUUGUGCUGAGGCUGAGAAGGUCUUCAACCAAGAUUUGUAUUUCAAGCGAACCGUGAAAUAUGUGGGAGAACCCAUGACCCACUUGGAGUCUAUUGCUUCCUCUGCAGUGCGGGCUGCUAUUAAAGUUAAGGCUUCGGUCAUCAUUUGCUUCACUUCAUCUGGACGGGCUGCAAGGCUAAUUGCCAAGUACAGGCCCACCAUGCCUGUCCUGUCCGUUGUCAUUCCUCGUCUGAAAACAAAUCAAUUGAAGUGGAGCUUCACAGGUGCAUUUGAGGCAAGACAAUCACUCAUAGUUAGAGGCCUCUUUCCCAUGCUUGCUGAUCCACGUCAUCCGGCUGAAUCUACUAGCACUACAAAUGAAUCAGUGUUGAAGGUUGCUCUUGACCACGGCAAAGCAUCUGGUGUGAUCAAGUCGCAUGACCGUGUCGUCGUGUGCCAGAAAGUGGGAGAUUCCUCUGUCGUGAAGAUCAUUGAGCUAGACGACUAG